AUGGCUUCCAACACAUCUGUCCAAGAGCCCUCCAGCCCAACAUCCCCAACUUGUCUGGCCGGCAGCUUCAGAUUAUACGAUCCCGCCACAUCGAAACCUUCCUCGAAGCCAUCUUCCAAGCGCUCUUCUCGCUCAAACCUCUCUAUCGAUCUCUCCUCCAUCCCUCCUCUUAUGACUCCUUCUCCUCCUACAAACACCCUCCUUAUCACAAACCUUAAAGACGCCGAUAUCUUCCGUGCGGACCAUCUCCAGGGUCUUCGAGACGUUAUCGCCUCCUCAGCUACUCUCGCUUCAUGGGCUCCUCUAAAGUCCUUCGCCCGUAUCGUCUGCUCAUUCUACUCUGAAGAAGAUGCUAUCAAAGUUCGUGGCGAGCUAGACGGCGAAUCCCUAAUGGGACACCGAAUGAGAAUAUAUUUUGGGACCCACACACCCGUUACACCCCCAACAGACCAACAUCUCCAGGCUCCGGAAUCGCAAAAGUUGUUCUUUAUCUCCCCACCUCCAAGUCCUCCAGUUGGCUGGGAAUCCCGAAACGAAGAACCACCAAAUACCUUGGUUAUGCCAGAGGAUCUAGCUUCCGCACUAUCGAAACUCAGCUGGAAUACUGCAGCUCAGGGUACUGCUUCACCAGUUGACGGACAAGAGGGGUCUUCCGCUACAGGGCCAGCUAUUCGUCGACAGAGGUCCGGUAGCUCCACUGUCCUGUUCGAACCUAGCAAUAAGGAUGGGAUGACAGUUCCCGGAGUUACUGUUGACGACUUCUCUGACGACGAAGGAGCUGCCAGCCCUGCGGAGAACCCUUCGAUUGGAAUCACACAUACAUCCAGACCACCAAUUGAAACCAUUCAUGACGCUUAA